AUGCAAAGUAAACGGACGUUGGGAGCGCCAGUGUCGGACUGUCCUGCUACAACUCCGUGACUUCUCUUUGAAAGGACACUAAAGUAAAUGUGUUGCAGCUCAGCCCCUCGCAGCUCCGCGGUGUUUACGGAAAGUUGAGUGGGACAGAAACUUCGCCACCGCGUGGACCUUAAGGAAAGGCUUAUUCAACCAAGGACCAGAAUGGCUCUGCUCAGACACCUGAAGUUACGUGUGCUUUGACAACAUUUUAGAAUUGCUGAAAACUUUGAAAGGAACUCUUCUGAACACCUUCAGGUCCUAGUUUGAAUUCUGCCCGUGGAUCAUAACUGAAAGGCUGCGAUCAUGCCCAUUCUUAAGCAGCUGGUCAGCAACUCCAGUCAGUCAAAGCGGAGGUCUCGGGCCGACCUGACCGCAGAGAUGAUCAGUGCUCCUCUGGGGGACUUCCGUCACACCAUGCACGUGGGCCGAGGGGGGGAUGCCUUUGGGGACACUUCAUUUCUCAGCACGCGUUCAGGAGAACCUCCCAGGGAGCAAGACAAAAAGCAGGGCUCCCCAGGCUCCAAACCAGGGCUGCUGUCCCGCACCUUCAGAAACAGCAAGCGAUCUCAGUCUGUCAACCGGGCAGACAAGUACGAGUACAAUAUGAUGGCACCUUCAGCUGGCUCUUCACAGUUUGUGAAAAACGCCAUAUCCCUGCCAUACUUAAACGAUGAGGGUACUAACCGAGGCAUCCAGUUGCCGAAGAGCGUUUCCUCCAGCCCCGUGAAGAAGCUGAAUGAGUUCGAAAGCAAGCCGGUAAAUGGAGCAGCAGCGAUGGCGAUGCUCGAUGCAGAACUCGAUGAACGGAAUUUUGGGGAACCUACAGAUUUGCCUCCAUCCAUGCCCAAAGGAGGUGGGAUGAAGCAUGCGGAGUCUAUGAUGUCCUUCCACAUUGACCUGGGGCCUUCGAUGCUCGGGGACAUCUUGAGCGUCAUGGAAAAGAAGGGUUGGGAGGAGGAUGAUCUUGGCUACGAGGAAGGUAAGGGUAGCGAGGGCCAUGCAUCACCCUCCCUCAUUCCCCACAUAGAUGAUGAUGAUGCAGAGGAGCGGGCCCCUGCAAGGCCUCCUCGCGGCAUGUACCAGCAAAGAGCCGUGCUGGAUCCCUACACCCCUGAGCUACAAACCAAGAAUAACCACCACAACGUGGAUAGCUGCUCCGUGUCCAGCUCUGGCUCUGAGGAGAAACCCAACUACCGCCUCCAUGACGGUGACACGGACAGCGCAAAGUACAGUUCCCCACGUGGGGAAGAAGAGAGAGAUUUCACCUUCAUGGAUGAGGAUGAGGAUGAUGAUGAGAUUAGAGUUUAGACUUGUACGUUUGUAAAGGACACUAAACAUCGUGACACCAUGCUGUAGCUAGGGGAUGUGAGCUAAAUGUACAGUAGAGUGCCGGCUGACUGGCUCACAGAGCGGCUCUCUCGAAGUACUCGGGUUUACUCGUUAUGUAAAUUCUCCAUUUUCAGAAAAAAAAAAAAGUAUUGCCUAAACCCUUAACCAAGAAGAAGAAGCAGCUGCAAACCAUUAGUAAAGAGUCUCACACACAUUAUUUAAAGCGACAGAAGAGGUGAGAUUGGACGUUAGGACAUUGUGAGAUUGUGAAUGUGUGGAUCUGUGGAAGGACGAGAAGUGAAACCCAGACGGCUUCAAUCCCAGAGUGAGAGUGAAUACGCAGUUUAAUGACCCUGUUCGGACAUAGACACUAAACAGAGAACGUUCUGACUUUGGUCUGAUUUAUGCUAUUUCUACUUUAUUGUAUCUGCAUACAGUAUGCGGGCGUUAGUCUGCAGUAGCCUGUUGUAUUCUGAGUGGGUCGAUUACUAUUUUGUUAUUUCUCUUUGGGAGUAUCUGCAUUCUUUAUGCGCAGACAGUUGCAAUAUUUAUUCAUUUGUUUUCAUAAGGGAUGGAUGAUUUUUAAUGUGCACUCCGAGAUCUUAAAAAUUUUUUUGACAUAUCUUAAAUUUCUUGUGCAUCUACGCAACAUCUUAAUGGUACUUCAGACAGAACGUCUUCUUUGGUGAAAAGUUUGUGAAAUUGCACUUAAAUCCUGUAAAUCAUUCCUGCUCCCAUGUUCAUCACAGGGCCUAAUGAGUUUUUAUUUAAUACGGAAAAUAAGUGACUUGUCAAAAAGAGGCCUUUUGUAAGUGUUAUGAUUCUUGGACCUUUUUAAAGCGAGACAGGAACUGUGAUUGUGGUAAAAUAUGUGUGUGUCUGUCACACCUCUCACUCUGCUUUUUAACCGAAGUAGGAUUAGCAGGUCAGUCGAGAGAUGUAAAACAUUUCUGAAGGGAGUUGCCACCAUAUAAUUACCAUUUAUGGCUCUGUCAAAAACAUGUCCUCUCUCUAGAUACGCGUCCCAGCUUGUCUCUAAGAGCAGAGAAAGGAAAUCGCAUGUUUGAAGUGUUGUUAGAGGACCGCUAGUUAAACGACGGACAUCGGGUAGAGCAGCGAGGAGAGAAUUUACUUCCCCAGCUGGCCCCACAGGUGAUGAUACUCACCUCCUCUGCCCAACCAAAUUUAUAUGGUAGAUGAUUAAAUCAACCAAUCAUCUGGCCUCUCCCAGUCUGGCCAUUAAAUGUGAGAAUAUUGGCCCCCAACCAGCUGGAACUGCUCCAGAAACAGAUAGGUGGGCUGCUUGGCUUCUUUCUGUUUAGUUGGCUUCACUCAGUAGGAUAUAAAUUAGACACAAAGAGGUGUACUUUACUUUCUUAUAUCCAUGAUUAAUGUCUGACCUUUUUCUUUUAGUCUGAGUAAAAAAACUAAUUGCCACAUCAGACAGAUGGUAGUGUGGGAUUUCCUGUAGUGGCAUUGAUGCGGGGUUGUGCGUGUAGAGUCAGGGUGGUGUAUUAUUCUGCUGUGGGUUGUUGUAAUGUUGUCUGAAACUCGAGGCGAUCCCGAGGAAGUUGCCAAGUGUACAGAAAUCCUGAGUGGAAAAAUCUGUCUGUCCAUUUUUUAUUUUUAUGUGAAUUUUAUUUUUUCUUGCCAGGAUAUUUUCUUGGUUUGUUUUUUGUGUGAAAGUCUGGUUACAGUUGGUUAGAUGAAUAGAAGGAAAUGUGGCACUCAACCCCCCCACCUGUGUCGGUCAAAGGUCACGCUGACAGCAGCUCCAGGCUCCGCUGCUCCUCAGUCCCAAAGCCAGGAGAGAAGACCCUCUCAGGGCUGCUGUAGUAGUGUUAGCGGCACAUUUGGUUUUUCUGCUCCUGUGUAGAUGCAUCAUAGACCUCUUUUAUAUUUCUUUGUAUAUGGGCCAAAUCUUAACAUGUCUUUUGUUGAUCAUUUCUGCAACCUGUAGUUUUUGGAUUUUUUGGGGGGGUGAUGAGAUCCCUCAUGUUCAUCUCCAAGAAAUUAAUACUCAAAAAAAAAAAAAAAACACUCCUCAUUUGCUGUUAUCUCUUGAUUGAGUAAUGUCCAUAUAGAUAAUGCCAUCAGUGAUCACAGUGAACAAACUGUUACCAGCAGUGCGACUGUAACACACUAAGAAGGAAACUUUGUGUUUGCACUGCCGUCUGUAACACUGACUGCUGGAGAAUUUGGAAAAUCCAGAUGGAAAAUUACAGAAAAGUGUACAAAAUUAUGCUGAAAUACUUUCUUAUAAUGAUCUUAACUUUGUGGCAUUUGUCGUGUUUCUCUGUGGGAAACUCCUAAGUAGGCCAGAAUAAAGCAUGUAAAAGGAUGUGCAAACACACUGUGCCCCAGGUCUGCUUAGAGGUUUCCACCCCUGACAGCGAUGGUGUGGCGAGCAGCAGAAAAAGAUAAGCAGCAGUGAAACAGCUCAAAGUUCAGCUAAGGAAGGUUUCCCUUUUUCCCACCGGCUGCAGCGAUACGCCAAGUAUGGACUGUUUUCUUUCCCUGUUCAUAUUCUGGUUUUACAGUAUAUUAAUAUAUUUAUCUUCACUUUCCUUUCUUUGAAAUAACAGCUAUAUUUUUCAAUAAAAGAGAGAGCUGAUAAUCUUUCACUGUGA